AACACCCAAGUCCAACUAUAGAACUUUAAAAGCCACCUCUCUCUCUCUCUCUCUCUCUCUUAAAGUUCUCUCUGUUUCUUUCUCUCUCUCUCUCUCUAUCAAAGUUCUCUCAAAGUUCUACUUUGCAACGAGAAUGGAAUCUAAGAAUGAACACAAAAAAGGGCCUUGGACAGUGGAGGAGGACAGAAUCUUAAUGGAUCACAUAAGGGUGCAUGGAAAAGGGAAGUGGAACCGCAUAGCCAAAACGACAGGUUUGAAGAGGUGUGGCAAAAGUUGCAGAUUAAGAUGGAUUAACUAUCUAAGUCCUGGUGUAAAGCGAGGUUAUUUCUCUGAGGAAGAAGAAGACCUCAUUAUUCGGCUUCACAACCUCCUUGGAAACAGGUGGUCUUUGAUUGCUGGGCGAGUACCUGGGAGAACUGACAAUCAAGUUAAGAACCAUUGGAACACUCAUUUGUGCAAGAAGCUUGGGAUCAAGAAAGGGAAAACCAAAGUCGGUUCUUCUUUACAGUCACUUUCUAAAAAAAUGGGAAACAAUCCCACUGGUGUUUCCUCAGAACCUAAUUUUGAGCCACCUUGUAAUAGUGAAACUGAAGCCAAAACUGCAACUAAAGAUGAUUCUCAAAGCAUGUAUAGGUUUGCAAGCACACAAGAAGCCACAACAGAGGAUAACAAUGAGAGUUCAUUUUGGCUUUCUAAGGAUGAUCUAAAUUUACUUACUCCUUUCUUAUUGGAGCCUCUAAAUAGUUAUUCUCUUGAUUUUGUUUGGGAUUGUUUGUAGCUAAACUCUACUCAAUGUAGUCUCAAUAACUCUUCAAUAAUUGAUAUCUGCCCUUUUUUAUUUA